AUGGGAGAGGAAGGCUUGGAGGAGAAGGGAGGCGAGGGAAAUUUAGGGAGGGCAAUUAACAUAAUCGUCGGAUCUAAUGAUUAUAAGAAUAUUAAGGAUCAAACUAACUUAAAUAAACCUUUUCCUUGGUUGGUUGCUAUGGAAGGCAAGACUUUCUCUGGCCUGAAAGACCAGUUGAAGACCCCAUCGCCCCCAAAGCCAACCCUCCUGAGGUCUCAAUCCAUACCAGCAUCAUGGGGUUCUUCGAUUUUUUCAAACCCCAAUGAAGCCAACAAUGUUAAUAAUGUUGCUGAUGAAUUUGUUCACCUUUCUCUCGAAGAGUGUUCUCUAUCCUUCGUCGACUCUUUAGAUGCAACGUUAUCUUUUUCAUCUUCUUUUCCAUCAUCUUGUUUGUUGAAUCUUUCUGAUGUGCAGAGUGAAGCCAGUUCUGGUCUGGAAGAGGAGAUCAAGAAUGUGGAGACAAAAAAGUACGUGGCUUUUGGGAAUUCAACAAAGAAAAAGGGACUCUUCCCUCCUCCAAUCUCUUGCUUGAAAUUAUUUAAUAAAGGUACGCCUUAUGGUUAUCUCAAUUAUAACGAGGAAACCGAUAGCUUUGUGCUUGAGGAGAUAAAAAUUCCCCAGGGAGACAUGUUGCGUGCUAGCCGCUCAGGCGGGCGCUUGAGGCUGACCUUUGUGAUUUCUGAUGACGAAAGCUCUGAUAUUGAAGAGGAGAUCAUGGAGGAGGAAGACAUCAAUGGCACUGUUGAAUAG